AUGGAGCCACUGCGAUCAACCUCGCGCUCACGUCGCUCCUAUCCGAACCUCCAUAAUCUCUCCAUAGCCCCUCUCAGCGCCAAAUACCCUCUCGAUGCAUCCGUACCGCCUUCACCCGACGAACCAGGGACGCGCACCCCUCGAACAUCAUACAUCGCGCAAAAGUCAGCGCCGGCAACACCGGGUGUAUUAAGUCUUAGUCAGAGCCGCAGCAGUUCGCGGCAGCGUCCCAAGAAAGCAUAUGCAUACGAGAGUUAUUUCGUCAACCCCCAUUCCGAGGUUCGCGAAGUCGGAGACAUACCAAAAGCAAAGAGUACAAGCGUUCUGCAUCCGGGUGUCAGCUUUGCAGACGAUGUACUAGGUGUAGAUACUGGGAAGAAGAGACAUCAUACACGGAAAGGCACAGCACCCUUGCCCUUACACUCUCCUCUCGUGAAGCACCAUACCCGAGAGUCAAACGAAGAGUGGCUGCACCGCGCUGGCUUAGCAAUCGCUGGCGAGACAAGGGAUAGCAAGGGUCAGGGUUGGCUCGUGAGACGAGAAAGCUCUACCAGUCUGGUUGGACAGAGCGACCAAUACGAACAACAUGCUUCACACGACGAUCGCCGUAUGACUCUGCUCUCUGGCGAACACCUUGGUGACUCGGAUUACCCCACCUUCUUCUCGCCACGCAUGUCUAGAGUAGGAAGUCGCGUAGGCUCUCGCGUACCCAGUGCACGGCAGAGUCGACGAGGUAGUAGAGCAGGUAGUCGAGUCGAUCUAAUCAUGUCGGCGGGAUCGAAACCGCAAUCGGGAAGAGCCAGCUUCGAGAUCUCAGAGCUAGAUGAGCGCUUUAUUGAGCCUGACUUCAUCGAAGCAGAUGAGGAGAGCGAUGGCGAUGAAGAAGAAGUCGCUCGUCUGGCACGCGAACGCGGGUUUGGGCUUGGAAGUUGGAUGGAUCGUCUCAUUGGUUGGACACUGUUUUCGGUUGAAGAAGAUAGAGAAGGCUCCGAUGACGAGGACGUGGAAGAGGAUAGAAGCUUGCGACUGGAUAACCUCACCACAGAGGAGCUUAAACUACGUCGCGAAGUCGAAGCCAAGCGACGCAAGCUCGAACGAGAAACGAUCAUCGCUGCGUCAGCUCUGCGCGGACAAGGCGAUGCGGCCACUACGGAUACAGAUAGCAGACCAACCACUGGGGAAUCUCAACGUACUGCGGCUAAUGAAGAGGUCGGCGGUUGGCAAGAUGCUGCAUGGCUACUAAGCGUUGCUUCUAAAGCUUUGUUCUGA